AUGAAACUUCACUCUUCUCUUCACUUCUUUCAUGUCUUCUUCCAAUUCUAUACUCUUUCUGCUACUCUCAACUCAGAUGGCUUAGCACUUUUAUCAUUCAAAUCUCACUGGACAUCACUUCCACCUCUCAUAAACUCAACAUGGAUUCCAUCUCAUUCAACACCAUGUUCAUGGGCUUGUCUCAAAUGCAACUCUUUCCACCGUGUUAUCUCUCUCAACUUUUCCUAUCUUGAUAUUUACGGUCAACUAGGGCCAGAAGUUGCAAAUUGUACACAACUCCAACACUUAGGCCUUAGUUACAGCUAUUUCAAUGGCCAAAUACCUUACUCUUUCACUAACCUUCACAAACUCAAAUAUCUUGAUCUUUCUGUUAAUCUUCUCAAUGCUCCAUUCCCUUAUUUCUUGUCUCAAAUCCCUCAACUCAAGCUUCUCGAUCUCUCUUACAACCAACUUCACGAUUCCAUUUCAACUACUAUUGCCAACAUGACUCAUCUCCAAGAAUUGUACCUCCAGUUUAACAACUUCUCUGGUGCAAUUCCUUCAUCUAUUGGGAACUGUACUCAGUUACAAGACUUGUAUUUGAAUGAUAAUCAGUUGGAGGGUGUUCUUCCUUACAGUCUUAACAAUCUCAAUCAUCUUCUUAACUUUGAUAUUGCCAACAAUAAACUAACAGGUGCUAUUCCAUUGUGUUUUUCUGGUUGUAGAAAUUUACAGUUUUUGGAUAUCUCAUUCAAUGAUUUUGGUAGUGGCAUUCCAUAUAGCAUUGGUAAUUGUACUGCUUUAUCACAAUUUGCUGCUGUGAAAUCUAACUUGGUUGGAACUAUUCCAUCUUCCAUUGGUCUGCUCACCGAGCUUUCAAUUCUUCGCCUUUCCGAGAAUCAUUUGUCUGGUAAAAUACCUUCUGAAAUAGGUAACUGUGAGUCUUUGAAGGAGUUGCAUUUGUACUCCAAUCGACUUGAUGGAAAAAUUCCGAGUGAAAUGGGAAAACUCGGGGAAUUACGCGACCUUGAACUGUUUUCUAAUCAAUUGAGUGGAGAAAUUCUGCUUGAGAUAUGGAAGAUUCGACGUCUCGAGCAUCUGUUUGUGUAUAAUAAUAGCCUUUCUGGUGAACUUCCAGUGGAGAUGACAGAGCUCAAGAACCUUAAGAACAUUUCAUUGUUUAACAACAUGUUCUCUGGAGUUAUACCUCAAAGCAUGGGAAUUAACAGCAGUUUGGUGCAGUUGGACUUUGUAAACAAUAGGUUCACUGGCAACCUGCCACAAAAUCUUUGUUUUGGAAGAAACUUGAGUGUUUUGAAUAUGGGAAUCAAUCGAUUUCGAGGAAGAAUACCUCUGGAUGUUGGAAGAUGCACAACUCUAAGAAGGGUCCUUCUUAAACAAAACAAAUUUACCGGGACUCUUCCUGAUUUUUUCGGAACUUCUCUAAACAUGAUAUGA